UAACUUAAUUCACGGACUGAAACCGGUGAUGGUGAUGGUGCUGGUUCAGAUAAUCACUGUGGGGCUUAAUUUAUUAUUCAAGUUAGCUACCAAGGAUGGCAUGAACCAGCAAAUCUUGGUUACUUACCGAUGCUUCUUCGCAACCAUUUUCAUGGCUCCCCUUGCUUUCUUCGUCGAAAGAAAUAGCAGACCACAGUUGACGUGGAUGGUCACCUUCCAAGCAUUCCUUUGUGGCUUAUUUGGGGGACCGAUGUCUCAGAACUUAUACGUGGCAUGCUUAAGGUUAACAUCAGUGACAUUUGCAAUGGCCAUAACAAACCUUAUUCCAGCCAUAACCUACAUUAUGGCUGCAACUUUUGGUUUGGAGAGAUUGGGGAUCCGGACUCUAGCAGGGAAAGCAAAGCUGGUAGGGACUGCUAUAGGCAUAGGAGGAGCAAUGGUGUUGACCUUCUACAAAGGGGUAGAGAUCAACAUUUGGUCAACUAAAAUUGACAUUACCCGUGGAUUUGGGAGCAGAACCUCCGCAUCAGCAUCACACACUGGUAAUUUCAUGAAAUUUUGCUAUUACACUUGUAGCAGAAAUGUUCCUGCUAUCUCACUUGCAGCCAAGGAAAUGGACUCUUAA